AUGUCCGAACAACCUAAGUGGCUAAGCGCGCCGCAUUCAGCGCAGACGGUUCGGGUUCGACUUAUCGAGGAGAUCGGGACGCUGAGCCUUCCGUCGGCAUUGUUUCUGGACCCAGUUUCAGAAGGUCACGAAGUCACGAGCGGACCGGCCUUGGCGUUUCUGAUUGAAAACAAGACUUUGGGAAAGAUGGCUCUCUUUGACCUGGGCAUCCGGAAGGACUGGUGGAACCUGCCACCGAACGUUCGAGAUUCGCUUGCCUUUUGCGUCGGCGUCAAGGUGGAGAAAGGUGUCCCUGAAGUACUGAGAGACGCUGGCAUAUCGCUGCAAGAUAUCGACGAUAUUAUCUGGAGUCACUCACACCUCGACCAUAGGGGAGAUGUAUCGCUCUUCCCACCAACCACGACUCUGCAUUAUGGGAAAAAAUUGGCGGCCUUGAAGCCUGAAUCUACGGGUGCGGCAGAAGCUGUAUUCUUAGCGUCGGAUUUCGCUGGGCGUCCUAACAAGGAGGUCGACUUCAGCGAUUCCACCUUUACAAUUGGCGGCUUUCCUGCGCUUGAUUUCUAUGGUGAUGGAUCAUUUUAUCUUCUUGAUACUCCCGGCCACGAUCAUGGUCAUAUAAGUGCUCUGGCUAGGACCACUAGCACAGCCGCGGGACAAGAGAAGGAUACUUUUAUUCUCCUAUCUGGAGAUGCUUGUCAUUUCUGCGGCGUCCUGAGACCAAACGCUUCGCAUCCGUUCCCAAGCCGCGAGUUUCCCGACAACGGUGUUGGACUUGCAGGCGUCGAAAGACCCGAAGUGCUACUAAUGCGCCAUCCCCAGUUCCCUCAAUUUUCAGAUGGGAGGGAUUUGGUGAACGAAGCGGCUCGUACCACAGCAUGGUACCGUGUUUCAAAAGGCCAACUCUCUACAUUCGUAGAUCCGGUAGUGGGUCAAGCCACAGCAGAUCGUCUGAGAGAAGCGUUUGAUGAAGCCAACAAUGUUUUUGUUGCCCUAGCUCACGACACGAGUCUCCUUGUACAUGUCAACGGAACGCCUCUGCUGCCCACGCUCAACAAAGCUCCGCAGGAAGACCUGAAUGGCUGGUAUCUGGAAGGUUGGAAAGAUCGGCUUUACUGGACUUGGACUGACCAGCUGGGUAAGACAGAUGGGAAUGGAAAAGUAGAUGCCCCAAAGCCGCUGGUAGUGGGAUUUUGGAUGCAUGGGGUGAAGUACGACAAAGUCCAGGAGGUGAUUGAACAUGCAUAG